CCCAGGGUGAACGACUGGGUCAUGAUGAGCAGCCCGUUUCCGACCCUGGCAAUAUGCCUGUUUUACGCUUACUUUAGCAAGGUUCUGGGACCGAAGCUGAUGGAAAACAGAAAGCCUUUCGAUCUUCGAAGGAUUCUCAUAAUAUAUAAUCUUCUACAAACACUCUUCUCCACGUGGAUAUUCUAUGAGUAUCUGAUGAGCGGUUGGGCGCGAGGUUACAGUAUCCGAUGCCAGCCAGUGGACUAUUCCAAUAGUCCAAUAGGCCUCCGAAUGGCGAGAACUUGCUGGUGGUACUACUUUAGCAAAUUCACCGAGUUCUUCGAUACACUGUUUUUUAUCCUGAGGAAGAAGAACCAACAUGUAUCAACACUUCACGUAAUUCAUCAUGGGGUAAUGCCUUUUUCUGUAUGGAUGGGAGUGAAGUUUGCACCGGGUGGUCAUAGCACUUUUUUCGCUCUCUUAAAUACUUUUGUACACAUUGUGAUGUACUUAUAUUACAUGAUAGCUGCGAUGGGACCGCAGUUCCAGAAGUACAUUUGGUGGAAAAAAUAUCUUACUACCAUGCAAAUGGUGCAAUUUGUGCUGAUCAUGUUCCAUCAGUUCCAAUUGCUGUUCACCGAAUGCAAUUAUCCACGAAGUUUUAUGAUCUGGAUCGGCUUGCACGGUUGUCUGUUCUUUGGAUUGUUCUCAGACUUUUACAAAACAAAGUACAGCGGCAAAAGUUCUGCGAAAAAAAUGCAGAACGGUAUGUCAGGCGGCGGUGGAGCUUGCAUGCCGGUCUUAGACGAGAAUGGCAGCGCGGAACAUAACGGCGUGUCCUCGUACGCAAUGAUUUACAACAAGGAAUACAACAGUUGUUACAGCAACGGCACGAACAACGGAUAUGUUGCCAACAAUAAUAUCACGGAGAAAAAGCUCGCUUAGGACAUGUCGCGGCCUUGUUGGAAGUUCGAAUAUUUUCUAUUGUGUGGUCAAACAGCUCUUGUACCUCCAAACUUAACCGUUCAUACAUUUAUAAGCAAUCAUCUCAUAACAUAAACUUGCGUGUGAAAUUAUCAAGCCAAAUUACGCACAUGCAUAAAAAAAAAAAAAAUGAAGAGAUGUAUGUGAGAUUUAGAUCGAAAGAACAGACAGAUAAUAUAAAGCGAAACGCCUCGUUAAAUAUUCUGCGUUGUUAGCAGAAUAGAAGUUGUGUUCACUAACAUAAAGAUCAUCGAUAAGAGGAUUGUUAUAACAUCCGUGUUAGAAAAAUUAAAAAGAAAAAAGGAACGUGAUGUGUGAGAUGCGCACAACUGAUUAUUUCAAACAAUAAGUACAUCGCGCAAUCUAUAGCUUUGAAAUCCCUCGUGAAACGGUGUGGUUUUUAAAUCUUGUGACACCCUGCCAACCGAAAAUCGAACAUCGAUCAAUGUUAUCGAUAAUAAUUAUAAAUAAGAAAAAUAGCAAAACAAAAAAAGACUACUUUUGUGUGUAUUUGUUGCAAAAAAAACUGUACUGCAAUUUGUAAUGUCUUUUUGAAUUUUAAAUAGCUUGACAAAGUUAUUUAUUGAGAAGAAAAAUCCGAUUUAUUGAGACGCGAGAAAAACAUGAGAAAUGAUGACGAGAACAAUGUGAGAGCGCACAUACACGAGACAAAGAAACGUUCUACAUUCCUCGCCGAAUAAUUAUGUUGGUGAGAGCGGAGUGUUUGCCAUAUGUGUGCAUUUUUUGCUGGUUAUAUACUUGUUGAGUACGAGUGUGAUGAUCUUUUAUAUGUGCAUAUAUAUAUAUAUUUAUAUUUAUGUAUAUAUACACAUAUACAUGUAUAUACUUGUUGCAUGCAAGUUUUCAAAGCAUUUUCCAUCGAAGCACGCUGAAAUUGAAUAUUCUUUCUUAUAAAUACUGACUCUGCCUUUUUGCAAGUUCUAAUUGUGUUCAAAACAUCAGUCUUUUCUAAAAUUGGCACGAACGCCUAAAACCUUGUAAAGCAGAGUUGGAUACGUAAGUACGAUGGUAAUUGCUAAUAAUUUAUAAAGUUUACACCAAUAAGUAGUUAAUCAAAAAGAGAAAGUAAGAGCUUGUUUUCUUAAAAAAAAAAAAAAAAAAAAAAAAAAAGCAUAAGUUUUUUUAAGAUACCUUGCCAUUAGUUAAAUUAUUAUAGGUACUAAACAUCUAACUAUAUACUCUUUGAAUAAUAUUUUGAAUGAGUUUAUUAUAUUUUUUUCAAUCAUUUUCUAUAAAAUUUGAUUUCUGAUUGCAUAAAACAUACAUGUAAAAUUAUGCCAUGAACAAAUUCUUUCCCAUGGACUGUGAAUUUUUUUUUUCAUGAUGUUCAAUCAUUCGUCCAUUUUGAUUAUUGUCCCUUGUUUUGUGUUUGCUCUAAAUUUUUUAUUUUUGAAGUUUCUAGUUCUAUUUAACUUGAAUUUAUUGUUUAAAUUAACUUAUUUAUUAGUUUAAUUGACUUAAACCCGUUGUUUGUAUUCUAUGUAAAAUAUACGACAGUGACUGCUUGUACGUCGAUUAUUUAAAAGUCUUUAUUAAUUUAUGCAAUAAAAAGCGAAUUGUUGUUUUGUUGUAAUAAGCAGCUUCCCAGUUGCGCAGAGAAAAAAAGAAUAGUAAACAAGAUAAAUGGUUAAUCAGUUUGACCUUUUUUGUUUUUAUUGAAGUGAGAAGAAACUCAUUAAAAUACACAUAAGUAUGUUAAUUCAGGCGUACAAGUAGUUUCUAGUGCAAUUAGCAACAUUUUCAAUGUUAUUGAUGUGUAGCAACUUAUAUGUUUAUAUUUUUUAUAUUUUAUUGCUAAUAUUGUUUGUGUAAAGUUUGUGGAAACUUUAUCAAUUAUUAGCGUCAUGUGUAUUGCAAUUGGACUGUUUGUGCAUUCACUUUAUUCCACGGCUUGAUUCUAUUGCUUCACCAAAAGCGUCUUAUCUCGACGCCGUAUUUAUGAUAAAAAAAAAAAAUAAUCGAGAAGAAUUUUUUCAUUUCGAUCGCUUUGUUUUCAUAAGGAACGGCAAUGCGAAGAGCCGCACUGCGGUUCUUUAUUAUUGUGCGCCACAAUACGAACGCUUUAAUCGAUUGAAAAAAAAAAA